AUCAAAGGAUAAAUAAAUACGAUAAAAAUCAUGAAUUAUCCAAUUGUCUGAAAACGCAGAAAUGCUGAAUCAGCUUCAGUGAAGCUGCCUAUCAACAAGCGGAGAGAACAGCGGAGAGAAACGGACGGUGGUAAUGGAGCUACUAGCUCUGCACAUUUCUCCGACGUUAGCCAGAGAGUGUUUCUUAACGGCCAGCAAUAAUAACUCUUGUGUUUUCCCUCGCUACGUUCGAAAUCGUCACGGAAAAUCGCGGUUCCGAUUCCAAGCUCGAAAAGGCGGUUCCAGGAGCUGGAAUCCAAACAAGAUUUCUAGGCUAGAUUUAAUCCAACAAGUACUUGAAAGAAACAAUCUCAUUGAAGAUUCACAAGAAGAAGACGAAGACGAAAUAAGUGGUGACGACUCGUCUUUUUUGUCUUUGAGUGAAAAACCAGAUAGGAACAUGGCUUUGCUUGACGAGUACGAGUUGGAAGAGCUUGAUUUUACCUCUCCCACUAAUCAUCGCAGCGGGUAUGUUGCUGUUCUGGGAAAGCCGAAUGUUGGAAAGAGCACACUUGCUAAUCAAAUGAUAGGUCAGAAGUUGUCGAUAGUUACGGAUAAACCUCAAACCACCAGGCAUCGAGUUCUUGGUAUAUGUUCAGGCCCGGAGUAUCAGAUGAUACUGUAUGACACUCCAGGUGUUAUUGAGAAGAAAAUGCACAAGUUGGAUUCUAUGAUGAUGAAGAAUGUCCGAAGUGCUGCCUUGAAUGCUGACUGUGUACUUGUUAUUGUUGAUGCAUGUAAAGUGCCUGAAAAUAUCAAUGAAGUGUUAGAAGAAGGCGUAGGAGAUUUUAAGUGUACACUGCCAACUUUACUGGUUUUGAAUAAGAAAGAUCUGAUAAAACCUGGUGAAAUUGCAAAAAAGCUUGAGUGGUAUGAGAAAUUUACUGAUGUCGACGAGGUUAUACCUGUGAGUGCAAAGUAUGGACAUGGGGUAGAUGAUAUCAAGGACUGGAUACUGUCAAAACUUCCUACUGGGCCACCUUACUAUCCAAAGGACAUUGUAAGUGAACACCCAGAAAGGUUCUUUGUAGCUGAAAUUGUCAGAGAAAAGAUAUUUAUGCAGUAUCGCAAUGAGGUUCCUUACGCAUGUCAGGUAAAUGUAGUGAGCUACAAAACCAGGCCAAAUGCAAAAGAGUUCAUACAAGUAGAAAUUGUUGUUGAGAAAGACUCCCAGAAAAUCAUUCUCAUUGGAAAAGGAGGGAAAGCUCUGAAAAUGCUUGCGACAGCUGCUCGGCUUGACAUAGAAGAUUUCUUACAGAAAAAAGUCUUCCUCGAGGUUGAAGUGAAAGUAAAAGAGAAUUGGCGGCAAGAUGAAGGGCUUUUGAGAUAUUAUGGUUAUGGAGGGCAAAUUCGAGCACUAUAGCGUCUUUCCCCAUUUCAUACAGGUCACUUUUGUGUAAUUUUAAAAAGUAGUUUUAUGAAAAUGUUUGAAUCAGUUUUGACUAAGUAGGGGCUCAAGAAAUGUGGGUUCUGUUUCAGAUUUCAUCUUACAAUUUUGUUUUUCACCCAUAUCGUGAAUUAUUAUGCCGAUAUACCCUUCCAGAUCAUUUCUUGAAAUGUCUUAAAUUAUUUCUAUACUAACAUUUGUUUGCCGUUAAUGUUAAUAUCCUUUGUUGAACAAAUGAUGAAAUCUGCCUCCUGCCUUGAGUUUCUCAACUUCCCCGUGUCUGUGGUCGAUAGGGCAUGGGCUCAUUGGACCAAGCUUGACCGGCCGCUUGCCCAGUUGGUUGACUACUUGUAAGGUAAUUUUGUUCCUUCAUUUGUUAAAAUGAUUUCUUACAUUCUUGUAGUUAUUAACAGCAACUCCAAAUUCGAAUCUCUAUAUAUGAAUUUGGUUUUCUAGUUGAUUUGUUAGUAAGUUGUGUUUGAAGUAUCUUCAAUUCCAAUUUAAAAACCAUCUUUUGUCCCAAGAACAAAUGGAGAAAAACAGUGAGACAAGACAAACUUAUGAAGAAUAAACAGAUUGUAAUAUUACAUCCUUUGAGAUUAGUGAUAGCCGACAUUGUCGUUGAAAUAAA